AUGCAAGCUAAUUCCAAUCUACUCAACAAGAAACACAAGCAUGCGAAGUACCUUAAGGGCGCCUUUGGUUUUAUGGAUGGACUCAACCUCCCUGUCAUGGCAAGCGGCAAGGACAAUGAGCAGAACGCAAAUUGGAAUGGCUGGCUACAUGCACAUGUAGUUAGCAACGUCAUUGUGUUUUUGCCUAAUGGUACAAUCAUGACAGCUGUUGUGAAUGCCCCAGGGAGCUGGCAUGACUCAAAUGUUGCACGCCCAAUCUAUCAAGUUUUGAGAGAAAAAACCCCUGAUGGGUUCUUUCUUAUUGCAGAUAGUGCAUUCCCAAGGCUUGGGGUUGGCAAGUCUCAGAGGAUCAAGAUACCGCUUAAAAAAAAUGCGGCACUCCCAGGCAAUAAUCAAGAGAAGCAAAGGAGAAGACAAGAGUCUUGCAAGGUCACAGUUGCACGUCAAGCUGUGGAGUGGGGAAUGCGCGCCCUGCAAGGGUGCUUCUCCCGACUUUACAUGCCGCUCAACGCCCACAAUGUUGAGGGACAAGCUCAGCUACUGCAAAUGUGCAUGCGGUUGCACAACCUUUGUACUGAGAAGGUUGGGAUCAAUCAGAUACAAAGUGUUUACAUGCCUGUCUGGAACAACGGAAGGGAUCAAUAUCUGACCAAUUGUGUUGUGACCCAACUGUAA